UCACCCUGGGCUCCCCGGCUGAAGGUGGAGCUUUCCAUCCCUGUGUUUUGUCCAGGCUGCCAGGCCAAGACGUCCCGCAGCCCCUCAGGUCUAGCCCAGGGACAGCUGGAACUGGCAGCGGCGCCCGCUCUCUGGCGCAGGCCAUGCUGUAGGACAGAGAGGCUGCUGCCCACGGUGGUUGGGGGGAGGGGUUCCCAUUUCCUGCCCUGGAAAGGAAAGGAUUUCCUGCAGGCCCAGAGCGAUGGAUGGAACCCGGUCUUGUUCUCUGCUUGAAAUACCAGUGGUUCCUGCUGGGAAUGGGAGGCGCCCUGGCAAGCAGCGAUGCCUGCAUGGCGGUGCAUUUGCUACCUUUCCCAGCUGAGAGCAAAGCCAGGCAGUUUUCAGCUCCUCAGAGUGAGGCCCGUCUGACCAGAAGGCAGGGGCCGCAAGCUUUGUGCCUGGGAUGCUGGUCUGGAGGCUUUUGGGACGCUUGCGGGGGAGAGACUCGGGCGACAGGCUGCUCUCGGCUCUGGGUGGGAGCCCUGGCGGUUCGGGACCAGCCCGGCCAUCGGGCAGAGUGGGGCAGCUGCUUCCAUUAGAAAACUCCCGGUGCUGAAGGUUUUGUCGACAUGACUGCAUUUUUGCAGGCAAGGAGAAGAGAGUUGAGAAGCUCUCCCGUCAGGCCAGGAAACCUCUCCCACCCCCCCAGAUGUGCACAGGCUGCCUGGAGCUGAGGAGGUGACAACGGGUGGUUUCCAUCCUGGUUAUAUUUAGCCCUCAUGAACUCAUUUCAUGACUUCCAGCCUCAGCGGCCUGGCCUUCCCACAGCUGUAGUGUGCUGGCUGGCUGCCGGUUCAGGCUCCUCCUGUGUCACGUGUUGUUGUUUUUCCCCCAAAUUUGGCAUCUGCGUUUGGCCAAGAAGGCCAUGUUCUCUCUCACGUGCAGAGCGGCCCUGCCGAAGAGGGACCCACUUUUCAGACACUUUUUGUAAGGCGAGCCACCUCCUCGCUCUGCAGCCCUUGUCUCAACCAUCCCUGUUUCCCCGCGCGCGCGCGCUCGGCCUGGAGCAAUGAAGAGUUGGGAAGAUCACGAGGUGUGUAAAGAUCACGAGGUCUUGGUUCGGAAGCUCCCCGGGGGCGAAGUGCUCCGAGGCCGGAUUGUGGAAACCGAGGCCUACCUGGGCAGGGAGGACUCCGCGUCCCACUCGCGGGGGGGCCGCCAGACCACCAGGAAUGCCGCCAUGUUCAUGGCGCCUGGCACCCUGUACGUCUACCAGAUCUACGGGAUUUACUUCUGCAUGAAUAUCUCCAGCCAAGGGGAGGGGGCGGCCGUUCUCCUGCGUUCCUUGGAGCCGCUGCAGGGCCUGGAGUCCAUGAGGCAGCUGCGCCUCGCCGGGAGGAAAGGGGCACCGGGUACCCUGAAGGACUGGCAACUCUGCAACGGGCCCUCCAAGCUCUGCCAGGCCUUGGCCGUCAACAAGAACUUCGACCAGCAGGACCUAGCCUCGCACCCGGCGGUGUGGCUGGAGGCGGGCCAGGACGCCCCCCGGGAGGAAGCCCUGGUCUCUACCACGCGGAUCGGGGUCCGUGGGGACUGGGCCCACAAGCCUUUGCGUUUCUACCUUCGGGGCAACCGGUGCGUCAGUGUGGUGGACAGGAAGGCCGAGAAGGGGUGCCAGCCGCCCUCCUGAACCCGGCACCUGAGGCCUCCUGCUUGGUGCCGUUCUUGAAGGAUGGCACGCUAUGGGGGGCUGGUAUUUCUCUUAUGGCACGCUUCUCCUUUGUGUAAAUAAAGCUGUUUUGCUCUG